AAAGCUCGCUCCUCCAUUGGCAAGAUGUUUGUUAAGGGAGCUCCAGAGGGAGUGAUUGACAGAUGCACGCACAUUCGUGUAGGUGGGAAUAAGGUUGCACUGACAGCAGGCAUUAAAGAGAAGAUCAUGUCGGUGAUCCGUGAGUACGGCACAGGACGUGACACACUGCGCUGUCUGGCUCUGGCCACCCGAGACAACCCAUUGAGUAAAGAGAGUAUGGUACUGGAGGACUCAAGCAGAUUCAUUGAGUAUGAGACAGACAUGACCUUUGUGGGAUGUGUGGGCAUGCUGGAUCCGCCCAGAGCUGAGGUGGCAGCUUCCAUCAAACUUUGUCGUCAAGCGGGCAUCCGAGUCAUCAUGAUCACAGGCGACAACAAGGGCACGGCCGUCGCCAUCUGCAGACGCGUUGGAAUCUUUGGAGAGGACGACGAUGUGUCACGAAUGGCCUACACUGGCCGAGAGUUUGACGAUCUGUCUGCUGCCACCCAGAGUGAGGCAGUGCUCACUGCCCGUUGCUUUGCCCGUGUCGAGCCAUCUCACAAAUCCAAGAUUGUGGAGUUUCUGCAGUCCUACGAUGAGAUCACUGCCAUGACUGGAGAUGGUGUGAAUGAUGCACCUGCUCUGAAAAAGGCUGAAAUUGGCAUUGCUAUGGGCUCGGGCACAGCCGUGGCUAAGACUGCCUCUGAGAUGGUCCUUGCUGACGAUAACUUUGCCACCAUUGUGGCUGCUGUGGAAGAGGGUCGAGCCAUUUACAACAACAUGAAACAAUUCAUCCGCUACCUCAUCUCCUCAAAUGUCGGCGAGGUGGUCUGGUAAGGAUCUUAACCUUUUGCUAACAUUUCAGGAAUGCAU